AUCUGCAACAUCACCAACAACCACGCCCACGGCUGUAGCCUGUUACUUUAAUGGUGUUACCUGGGACCGUAACGAUGACUGUAACUGGUGCGGCUGUAGGAACGGCUUUCUCACCUGUACCGAGUUGGACUGUGAGGAUAAUAAGAUCGUGGAUUGUAUACCGGGUUCUAUUUUCUUCAACAAGUGUUACCAACGCUGCGCUUGCCCAAAGAGUGGGAUUAGGGAGUGUCAGCCUGCAACCUGUAUCUCUAAUCUGCCUAUCGACGCACAACCUUGUCAGAUGGGAACGUUCUUCACCCAUGAGAAGGCCUGGUGCAAGUGUACAGAAGAGGGUCUUAAAUGUUCAAAUUACAUCAGUUUGACGGUAGAAUCCAGGAAAUCACGGGACCUCUCUAGUGCACCUACCCCGAGUCCUGGAAAUUUCAAUAGAGACUGUAUUGGACCUGAGUUAUGGAGGGAAGGAAGUUGUAAUUGGUGUGGCUGUAGGAGAGAACGUAAGGUGUGCACGGAUUUAAUCAACUGUACAGACACGGAGGUUGUAGUGUGUAUACCUGAGUCCGUUUAUCUUAAUCACUGUGGCCGGAAGUGCACCUGUAGUUCCCAGGGCCGGUUUGUGUGUGACCCAGACCGGUGUAGAGCAGAGACAGAGGUGGAAGGUCAGGUGUGUGAUCAUGUAUACCUCCUGUUAGAUGAGUGUAAUUGGUGUAUGUGUGUUAAUGGGCGAAUUACCUGUACCCACGACACAUGUGUAACCACCAACCACUCCAAUUACCACAAUCAGCCGGCUUUUAGUACCACCAACCACCCCAACUACGGCUAUACGUCGGAUCUUACUACCACCAACCACUCCAACUACCACAAUCAGCCUGCCUUAACCACCACCAACCACCCCAACUACCACAAUUCACCGGCCUUAACCACCACCAACCAGAGCACCAGGCUAGAGGUGAACACGAGACAGGAUGAUGACGAACCAUAGAACUACUAACACCACCACCACUAUCACCAUCACCACCACUACAACCACCACCUGUCACCACUACAACCACCAC